GGAUGAGAAAGAGGCAAAAGUUUCCAGAAUUGCAGAGGGAGGGGAGCUUAAGCCCCUUCCCCAGAAAAGGCUGCAAUGAAGAGGGUCUCCUCAGCUGGGGGCUCUGGAGGGGCCACAGGGGACCCCCACCUUCCUCAGAGUCACGGAGGGUCCCAUCCAGGGUCAGGCCAGCUGCCUUUUCCUCCCGGGCAAGCCCGGAUCCCCCUUGGGAGACCCAGCCCUGCAUGGUUUCUCCCCCACAGGAGCCUCUCCUGGAAAGACACGGAGCCCAAGCAAAGCUGGAGAAACCCCGGAGGCUGCGUCCCCCCAACAUAAACCUGGGGGACCCAUAAACCAGGUUAAUCUCUUCCCAGGAAUGCCCCAGAUCCCCUCCUCCUCCCUGGCCAUCCUGGGCUUUCUCUAUGGGUCUGGGCUUUGCUUUCCCCCCUGAGUGCCCCAUGCGUGGAAAGAGGUGGCUGAGCAAUAUGGGAUAUGGUUUCCCCCCUUCCCAGGACUCAGAAGAUGGAAGUUGGAUUUUGCAGAUCAGCUUUCCAUCUGCAACACGAGGGUCCUGAGCUCCCCUUCCCUCCUUUCUUCCCUCCCUCCCCUCCCCACAUGGGGAGAGAGGCAGCCUUGAUUUCUCCAUCUCUUUUCACUUGUUUUUUUCCUAACCUCUCUGUGUUCCUGUCUCUCUGUGUGUUUUUUCAACUAUGCAAUGUUCUGAUAACUACUUUUUCAUUAAUGUUUAAUCUAUUCGUUCUUUUCAUUUAUUUAUUUUUUCUAGUUAGGUUCCCCCCCACCCUAAAGUUGAUUUUGUUCUAGGAGUCUGGUCACACUAUUGCAUCAGCCCUUUUGUGCGAUGCCCUUGAGCAUUAGCUUUCAAAAUAAAGUAAAUUUUGGUUUCAACUCAGCUGGCAGCUAUUUCACAUCUGUGACAUGCUCCAGCAUUAACUGGCCCCCGGAGUUUUCUCUUUCAUCACUAUGCAAACAAAUAUCAGAUUUAUUUAUUUCUUCAGCCACAGGUGCCGUGUAUUCCCUCCGGGGCCACUUUCAAGCAUGGAGCUCCCAAACUUCUUAAUUCUACAUGACUGAUUUAAUUUCAUCUCUGCCCCUGUUAUUAUGAAUGACAUGGGGAUUAUUUCCCUUUCAUUUCCCUCCAGAGAAUUUCCCAACAAUCUCCAAGUCCAAGAACUACUUGAAUUAUCCAGGGAUCCCUCCUGAGAGGGAGAAUUAUGAUAAAAGUUUCAGCUCUGCUCUUUGGCCGAAUCCUCCAGGGGUGACUUUGGGCAGAGAAAUAUGGAGUUUUGGGACAGGCAGAGUCUGUGCUCUUGAAUCUAUGUCUCCCUCCUUUCCAGGUGAAGCUGAGUGUUUCUCUGUGUUUGAAUCAGGAAAGCAACUGGAUCAUAUUCCACCUUGUGAGAGUCCUUUGAUUCUUCUAAUUCUUCUUUAGAAACAGGAAAGGGAUUCAUUGAUUCACCCCAUGAAUUAUGAACCUCCGGCUUCUGCCUCUGAUGCUGCUUUUGUCCCAUCCAGUCUCUGGGAAGCUGAGAAUGAAAUGCCCGCUGAGUUUCAAACAGGAGGAUGGAAAACAACCACAGAGCUUUUACAGCCCAGGAGACCAUCUCAUUGGUUUAGUCAUCACUGGAAAUGAAAUCUUGCAUACAAAGUUGCUUUUCAACGUGGCUCCUUCUCUUCAGUUUGUUUUCCAGGAUCUGAAUGCUCGUGGUUUUUCAUAUGGCUUACGAUUCAUUUUCAACAUUCAAACGUUCAACAAGAAUUCCCAUCUCUUGCACAAUCUCACACUGGGCUACAACAUCCGUAACAACUAUAUGAGCACUUUCCUCACUUCAGAUGCCUUGCUGGACAUUCUCUCCACUGGAGAAGCCAAUGUCCCCAACUACAGCUGUGGAAGGAAGGAGAACCUUCUGGCUCUUCUUGAUGCAGCUGACAGGCCCAUCUCCAUCCAGAUGUCAACAUUAGGAGGCACCUACAAAGUCCCACAGAUAAAUAUUGAAAUUGUUUCAGAGGCUCUGAGUGAUAAAAGGAAAUUCCCCUUUUUCCACCGGAUGAAUCCCAAAGAAGUAUUCCAGUACCCAGUAAUUGUCUACCUGCUCCUCCAUUUCAGAUGGACCCUGAUUGGCCUCUUUGCUUCAGACAGAGAAAAUGGAGAGAAUUUCAUGAGGACUUUUCCUCCUAUGCUUGUCAGGAAUGGAAUUUGUGUGGUUAUAUCACAACUGUUCUCAACACGUGGAUAUACAGCAUCCCUCAGGGAUUCCCUCUCUAAGUGGAGACAAGUCAACGUCUUUGUUCACUUCAUGGAACUUGAUUACAUUUGGGAGAGAAUUCUUCCUUUCCAUUUAACAUUUAUGCGUCUGCCAGGACCCAUUGAAGGGAAAGUCUGGAUCCUCACAAAUUUUGCAGGGUAUAAAAUAAACAAGCGUAGACUUCUCAAAUACAUCCAUAGUAUUUGGAACUUUGGUUAUCAGGGAAAAGAAAGGCCAAGAGAUUCUGCCUUUGAACCCCAUUUCUUUGUGGAAACAAAGUUUCAAGAUCCUUAUUUUCUCUGUUCUCUUUCAAAGAACGUCUUUUCUGUCAAAGGCCGCAGAAGAUGCACCCAGAAAGCCCCACUGGAGACCCAGGUGAAAAGGAACAGAGGAAGGAUCCAAAAUAACUAUGACUAUUACAGUUUCAUGAAGGUGCUGGCCCAGGCCUUGAAUGCCGUUUAUUCCUCCAGAUCGAGGAGGAGAAGGAAGGAGGGAGAAAAGACUUUGGGGUCUCCAAGGCUGCAGCCAUGGCAGUUUCAUCCCUUUCUGGAGAAGAAUGAAUUUUGGAAUAUUUCUGAGAGAAAACUGUACUUGGACCAAAAUGGAGAGAUGAAAGCAGAUCUGGUCAUCAGAAUGUUCUUGGUUCUCCCCAAAGAGGAUGUCAUGGAAGAGAUGCUGGCGUAUUCUCUAAGACAGAACGUUUUUAUCAACCCAGAUGCUUUUUCACAGCAAAAGUUGCUCAAUAGGUCUCUGCCUCAGUCCAAAUGUGUGGAAAGUUGCCAUCCUGGAUUUGUCAAGAGGGCUCGAGAAGGAGAGCCAGUUUGCUGCUACGACUGCAUUCCUUGUCCGGAGGGGACCUUCUCCACUCAGGAAGAUACAAAAAAAUGCACCAAGUGUCCAGAUGAUAAAUAUCCAAAUGUGGACAGAAUCCAAUGUAUCCCCAAAGUCAUAACCUUCCUGUCUUAUGAAGAACGUCUGGGCAUCAUCCUGGUCUCUUUUGCCCUCCUCUUCUUCCUAACCACAGGCCUUGUUUUAAUCAUCUUCAUUAAAUACCGAGAAACUCCCAUUGUCAAAGCCAACAACCGGGACCUCUCCUACAUCCUCCUGGUCUCCCUCCUGCUUUGCUUCUUGUCUCCUUCUCUCUUCAUUGGUCAACCAAGGAAAGCCACCUGCCUUCUCCGACAAACGGUCUUCAGCAUCAUCUUCUCAGUUGCCGUUUCUUCUCUCUUGGCCAAAACCAUCAUGGUGGUGCUGGCCUUCCUGGCCACAAAACCAGGAAAUCGAGUGAAGAGAUGGUUGGGGAAGAGCUUGGCCAACUCCAUCAUCCUUUCUUCUUCUGCUGUCCAAAUUAUCAUCUGCUCCACCUGGCUGGGAGUUUCUCCCCCCUUCCCUGACUCUGACCUCCACUCCCAGCCUGGAGAGAUCAUCCUGCAAUGCAACGAAGGGGCCAUUGUCAUGUUCUACGUCACCCUCAGCUACCUGGGCUUCCUGGCUGCCAUCUGCUUCACGGUGGCUUUCCUGGCCAGGAACCUGCCUGGGGCCUUCAACGAAGCCAAGCUGAUCACCUUCAGCAUGCUGGUCUUCUGCAGUGUCUGGGUGACUUUUGUGCCCACCUACCUGAGCACCAAAGGGAAAUCCAUGGUGGCUGUGCAGGUCUUCUCCAUCCUGGCCUCCAGUGCUGGUCUGCUGGUCUGCAUCUUCAUCCCCAAGUGCUACGUUAUCCUUCUGAGGCCAGACCUGAACACAAAGGAGCAGCUCACGGCCAGAACAAAUGUAAAAACAUGAGAUAUAACACCAUUGUGAUAUUGGAAGAAUUGUUAAAAGUUUCUUUUAUUUGAAAGGAGAUAUUCUUUCCAUUUAGAUAGUAUGCAGGAGUCAAAGAAAAUAAUUUCUAUAUGUUUCAAAAUGGGAAAUUCUUGGAUGACUGUAAUUCUAGCUCUCUUCCCUUUCAGCUCAAUAAAGAGAAUUCUGUAAGAGUCAUUCAGAGAAAUUUGCUGUUCAGCAACAGCUUCUGAAUGUGACAUCUUAUAAAAAAUAAUUUGGGCACUUGUUCCUACAGCUAAAAGUGUGUGAGAGAGUGAGCAGGAAGAGAGGCCAGGCGGAAGCUGUGGGAACCAAGCACCAGCCUAGUUGCCUGAUCCUCUCUGUGAGAAUGCCAGAAUGAUGUGAAAUGCCAUGUUUGACCGGCUCUCAGCUGGUGAGGGAAAUCUUCAUCCCUCUUCUAUAAUGCUUUGUUGAUUUCCUGAUAAAACCUCCUUUGCAGAAAGUGUUCAGCAGAAGAGCUGUCUGAGAUUUCAGUUUGGGAUUGGUUUGUUUGUUUGUUUGUUUUUGUAUGUGCUUCACACCAAAAUAAUAAAUAAAUAUUAAAGUGUAUUAAGAAAUUGC